AUGGGCCGGCUCGACUGUUCAGUGUGGUGGUGUCAAGAAAGGACGUACUUAUCGUCACUAUUUCUUAGCAAAAAAUUAUUAAUGUCGGGAGUGAAACUAAUCUGUUUAAAUACCCUAGACAUGUAAAUACAAGCGACAUAAUGCCAGCCCGAGAAAACAUGGAUUUGUGUACAGACAAAGUACUGUCAAAAGGCAGAAUACUUCAAGAACUGACAAAAGCUGUCAAGCUGGUUUAUGCCCAAAGUUUACAUGGUACAGUUGUAUUAGAUGGUGAUUCUUGGCUAGUUUACUGGUUAGACCGUGCUCUACGUCAUGGUUUACGAGUUGAAAAACAUGGUUAUUGGGGUAUGGUUCGUGAACUUAGUCAUCAUGAUACAAUUGUUGUAAUUCACGCUUUACAAAGUGUUUUAACAUCUAUUGGCAAAGGUCGUGCUUGGCUUUAUCACACUCUCAGUGAAAGUAUUUUUGAGAGUUAUUUAGCAUGUUUUCUCCGAGACAUAAACAUAUUAAAGAAACAGUAUUUUCCUCACGCUCUUGUUCGUGAUACUGAUAAAACUCAUCAAUUAAUAAACCUUUUAGCUGGUUUAGAGAAUGUAUCAUUUACUUUGGAGCUGGAUGUAACGUAUUUAGAUAUUUGCAAUUACAUGCCGCAACGGCCUAUGAGUGGUUCACCAUCAGGAACAGCUCUAUCAUUACAUUUAAGGUCGUCAAGUGUCACUUCAAGUCUUGCUUCUCCUGGUGACAGUGGUGUUGCUUUGGACAGUGAUAUAGAUAUGUCCAAUGAAACAGAUGCGAGCAGUUAUAAAGAAGAGGACUCAUCAAUGGACGAUGUUCCUAAGUACAGAAAUAAGUAUAAACCCAUAACGUUUAAUUGUAUCCAGGAUAAUAAAAACUUAGAUCGUUCAUUUUCAUCAAGUGACUCAAGUGAAGAUGGAAAACUACCAGUACAUUCUAAAUUUAAACAUGCAAUUGUGACCAAUAGCGACAUUGUUAAUCAAAAUAUUGUGACAAGUAAACUUGAUGACAAUAAGAUAAACUGUUCUAGUUUAGAAACUCUUACAGAUUACCAUCUAUACAGCAAAAGUUUGAAUGCAUUACGAUUGGAUAAAGCAAAUAAUGCUUAUGAUAAUUCAGCAAAAGAUUAUCUUAAACGAAAUAGCUACUAUGGAGAUGGUAGUUAUAGUUUCAAGAAGAAUAUAGAUUCACGUAAUUCAUAUGUUAUAAACAAUGAUACUAAUUUACUGGAACUUAGUAUGACAAUUUCUGAUUGUGACUGUUGUGCUGAAACUCCUUAUAGUAUCUUAAAUACGAUUAAUAUGACAGAUACAAGUAUUUUAUCGUCUUCUGGCAUAGAGAGUGUUGUCCAUCGGAGACAGCGUAAAAAGAAACGUAGCGAAACUAAGAAGCGUGUAAGUUUUCAUGAAGAUAUUUUUAAAACAAUGAAAUUGGACGAUGAUGAAAAUUUCUCAGAUUUUUCUAUGAGUUUUACACCUGUUGAUUCUGUGCAAAAAAAAGAUGCGCAGAAAGGAAGAUAUAGUUGGUGUGCUAAUGGAGAUGCACCUUACGUUCAAAAAAGUAUCAAUACCAGAAAUGCGUACUCAGAUUAUUAUUCAUCGUCUUAUAAUGGUACUUUCAAUCGUAAUAGUGAAUGUAAAAUAUGCAAAAACUGUAGAUGCACAUGUGGCCCAUCGAUACUAGAACGUGGAGUUCCAGAAGGACAAGAGGACCCUGGUAAAAAUUUGAAGUCAACGAUGGAAAUUGAACUAGCUGAUAAUGAAGCACAAGAAGCUUAUUUUGUUGAAAAAGAAUAUGGAUGUAUCGUUGAAGAUCCAGUAGUAAAAUCAGAAAUGCCCCAGCUGAUGAAUACAAAAAAAUAUAAUAAUUCCAGCGAUUGGUCAGAUGUAGAUAGCAUGUCAACCUCUGCUGAUUUUGAGGAUAAAAAAAGUUCUAGGCACUUAGCUUCGCCGGUAAAGAAAUCGAAUAUGACUUCAAUUCUACCUAGUGAUAAUGGAAAACUUUUAUCUUCAUCAACAAUUCGACAAGCUUCCUCAAGUACAUCAUUACUUGGAAGAUUUUUAAGAUCAAUUACUCAACGUAAAUUUGAAGUUCAAAAGAACAAGAAAACAUCAAAAAAUAGUACUUUGUAUAUUAAGGGUAUUAAAGUUGAUUUAAACGCUUUUAAAGAUUUUAAUGACGAUCUAGAAAAAGAAGUGCAAGAAAAUACUGUAGCGGAAAAACAAGAAUUCAGCGGUGAAAAAAUAAGUCUAAAACUUAGAGAAAUCUUCAAACGUGAUAUUUACAGAGAUAAAACAGAGGAAUUAUACAAAGUGUAUAAAGUUCGAAGUUCAUAUAUGACCAACGGUGAUAGUCGACCAAUGCUUACAUUAUUAACUGAUAAAACACUCUAUUUAACUGGUUUAAAAUCUGACAAUAUCUAUAGCAAUCAAUUUGUCAUACCAUAUAAUGAGUUAGAUGUGAUUAUGAUUGGACCAAAUGCACAAACAAUUUUAAUAUCUAACGCGGACUGUGAGAUGCAGUAUCUAUUUUCUACAGGUUGUUCCAAGACAACUAAUGAGAUUAUAACUCACCUGGAGAUAGCUAUGAGACGAUCACCGUCAAAACCACGGUUACCAGCAGUCAAAGAGCUCAGUUAUAAAGAUAUGCGAAAUCUAAAGCACUCAAUCAUGUCGGAGACAGCUGUAAAUCAAGAGGAAAAAAUUGAACAUUACAGUUUAAUUUAUAUGGAAGAUGAUCACAUAUCACCUCCUAGUACUCCUUGUGGUCCAACAAAAGAAGGAGAUUUGAUGUUUCGACCGCAUUCUUAUCAAUCAUUACAUCCUAAUGCUCCAACACAUCCUUGGGAAGCAGGUUAUUUUGUUUUAAAAGGUGGAGUCGUCUAUGUGUUUACAGAUUCUAAUCAGAGACUUCCAAAACGUGCUAUUCCGUUAAAAGGUGGGCUUUGUCAAGGCUGCAGACGAAUUCCUAAUUCUCAUCGACCUCAUACAUUUGAAAUACUUCUCAAACCAAAUAAGUCGUUUCAAUUUGCUGCGCCAGAUGAAUAUGUUGCUUCUGAAUGGCUACAAAGUUUUGUACAAAGUGCAUCUGGAUUAUUUGAUUGUUCAGAGCAAAAGAAUCCUUUACCAUGUAGUUUGGUUGCAACUACAAAGCAUCUAGUAACUAUAAAAGAAGUUUUUCCAGGUACUCAAAGAGGUCAGACACUUUCUUGUGCAACUGUUGAAGACUUGACAGCUUUUCGUGUACCCUUGGCCCAGCAAUCAUGGUGUAUUUUGGAAUUCGCUUGUCGAGAAGUUCAUGAAAGUAGUGGAGACUGGGUAAUUUACUUUACUAAUUAUGCUGAACUGUGUGCUUUUCAAGAAGUCUUAGAAACUUUAUGGGCAAAUGCGAAAAUGGGUGAAUUUCCGAUGGUAACUCUACCACCAGAAAACAAAUUACACCGGCGUUGUUCAGAUGUUAGCAAGGAUCUUGAGUGUGUUUGGCAACAUUUAUUACCCGUAUCACCUAAAUAA